AUGUCAAAACUUUUACCAAAAGAAGAACACAUUGUAAAGAAUUAUGGCAGCUUGAAUGAAGCAGAAGAUAAAGUUAUUAUCAUGGAGAAAGCUUCUAAGAGUUCUGUAGGACUUCAGAAGGAGCUAACUUUAUAUAAUUCUGUAGCCCUUGUCAUUGGUGAAGUGUAUCUUGCUAUGAUACACAGAGUUCUAGACACUCGGUUUUACUAUUCCUAUACAUAUGACAUUACACAUUCUUGUCAGAGACAAGAAAAUCUCGCGAGGGAAAAUCCUAAAUUUUACGCAAAUUCCUCUUUACAGCAGGCUGAUGAGAGGUUUGUUUGGAAUAGUCAUUUGUUAAGAGAGUUUAUUGUUCAGUCUGAGUUGGAUCAUUUUCUUGUACCUCUAUUACAUGGAUUUGUAUCAAUUAAAAAUUGUACUAUUAAUGGGAAAAUAUUUCAAUUCAUAUUAAUAUCAAGACGAAGUUGGUAUCGUGCAGGAGUUAGAUAUUACAUGAGAGGUAUUGAUAAAGAUGGACAUGCUGCUAAUUUUGUUGAAACAGAACAAAUAAUCUUUUAUGAUGGCAGCUGUGCCUUCCUUGUUCAGACUCGUGGUUCUAUUCCACUUCACUGGUCUCAGAGACCCACAUUAAAAUACAAACCCACACCGCGUGUUAGUCCUGCCCAAGGUGACCAGACAAGUGGUAUACAACUUCACUUUGAGCAGAUAGUUCACUAUGGUCAACAAACAAUUGUUAACCUUAUUAACCAGAGUGGAUCAGAAAAAACGUUAGGAGAUGCUUUCCAGUACUUUAUUAAAAACCUUGUCUAUUAUGAUGCUUUUGAUUUUCACAAAGAAUGUAGUAAAAUGCGAUGGCACAAUCUUAACAUACUCAUUGACAGAUUAGCUCCCACUCAAGAACAGUACAGGUAUAUCAUCGAUCUAAGAGAUGGCAGAAUACAGUCAGUACAGAAAGGAGUCUUUAGGUCUAAUUGUAUUGAUUGUUUAGAUAGGACUAAUGUAGUACAAAGUCUAUUAGCUAGGAGAAGUUUAGCAUCUCAAUUACAGGUAUUAGGUGUGAGCAUAGGAGAAAGCUUGGAGAAGAAGAAAGAGUUUGAGAAUGUUUUUAAAAAUGUUUGGGCUGAUAAUGCUGAUUCUUGUGCUAAACAAUAUGCUGGAACUGGUGCAUUGAAAACUGACUUCACCAGAACUGGCAAGAGGACACCAAUUGGUGCAUUAAAGGAUGGAAUGAACUCAGUUAUUAGAUAUUAUUAUAAUAACUUUGCUGAUGGAUUUAGACAGAUCCUGCUUUGUGUGUCACUGGAUGAGAGGAGAAGACUCCUGACAAUGGCCAGCAGUGAUCAAAAUUUCCACUUUGCUUUAGAAGAAGGUUUACAAUGGUGGAUUACAAAUGGUACUGCCCCUUGUUGGGAAGAACUCAUUUCAGCUGUUGAGAAUUGUGGUAAUGAUGAUGUAGCUACUACACUGAGAAGACAACUAGACAUUAAAGAUGAAGCUUAUGCUCAAGGCAAGCUACAGUUUAUGCGUCUCAUUGGUAUAUUUGGUCUAACAAUUAAUGGUGAACGUAUCCUAGAAGGUGAUGAGAAUAUGAACUUCACAUUUGAGUCAGCUCUUCUUGAAGCUACAAAAAGCUG